AAAAAAAGGAAGGUGCACCAGCAGAUGUGGUUUUGGGCGCCGAUUUUUCGUGCGCCAUGACGCCGUUGAUGCUGGGCCUCAUGGUCUUCCUGACCUCCGCCGAGAGGUUUGACCCCACACCCGAUGGACCCGACACGCAGCUGUUACAGCAGAAGCUGAUGCUGAAAGAAACGCUGCCGACGCAGAAGCCGUGGCAGAAGUACACGUUUUUGGUGGGCGCCACCCACAAAGCUGGCACCCACUUGUUGAGGGAAGUGAUGUGCUUUGCCUUCGAUAUCAUGGGAGCCAGAGAUUCCUGCAUGUACCCAGAGUUCCGUGGGAUUGGGGAAGGAGUGACUAGCACCGGUGUGUCUGACUGCAAUGAGAUGGAUGCACCCAUCCAGUAUCACCAGUCCGUGCGCAGUAGCGUGAUUCUUCGCCUGCGGGAGGAGGGUCCCCUUCGGGGGGUCAUGACCAUCCGGGAUCCGCUGGACAUGGUCGCCUCGGGCUAUGUCUACCACCACCGCGGGGCUGAGCCAGACUUCCCCUUCAUGCCCAAGAACAUCACGCAGCUCAGCCCGGCAGAGGGCGUUCCGCUCAUGGCACUGUACUGGCUUCCAAUCAUCACCGCCAUGACCACUGCUUUCGAAGUGAAGGGCAAUGAUGUGCUAGCAGUGCGAUAUGAGACCAUCACCAACUCCUCCGACUCCUUCAACGCCAGUGUUGGGGAGAUGGUCGAGUUCCUCUUCCGGGGCUACAUGUCUCCGAAGCAGAAGCAGCAGAUUCUGGAUGCAGCCAGCCGUGAAGACUUGCACCUUCAUCCAACGGCCAGUGUCUCAGAUGAUCCUUCCGUCACGAACCACACCAGUCCGCCUGACGACAUCACCGAAGCUAAAGAAGCCUGGAAAUUUCUGGGGAAAGAUCUUCAGAGGACGUACCAUCACUUGCGAACCAUCCUGGGCUACGUCUGAGUCCAGUCCUGAGAUCCUGUAAAUGGCCUGGAAAGGGCUCGGUACUGUAGCAUGGGAUUUUAGCUUGUUGAACAAGAAAGGGCAUCCACGGCAUCCAAGAAAGGGGUGUUCACGAUCCAUUUUGGGGUCUGAAAAACACAAUCCCAACUUGGAAUUCCAAGAUGCAAAAAGUCGACUGCAGAAAGUUCCAA